CCAUUUAUCAUCACUGGUGGCUGGCGAUACAAGUUGCAUUUUCUCAAGUUAAUUUUCUUCGUUCUAUUUCGUAUUAAUCGAAUAUUUCGUUUUUGUUCGCGUGGUUAGGGACAAACGUACAAAACGCCAACUUAGAAGGUAACACCGGCACUGAAGAAUUACGAACAAUAUUGUCACGAAGGGAGCUGUGUGACGACAAGCAAGAGACAAAGAUCAAAGUUCGAGGGGUCUCCACUUAAUAACAAGAGGAGGACAUACGGGAUUGCUUCCAUUAAAAAGAAGAUAAAGAAUUAACUUAUCUACAUAGGGGCCCGUAUAGUUAUUAAAAAAUGACGGCUGAUGCAAUGGAUCAAACAAGUGAGGCAUCCCCUCCCGCCUCCAUGUUCAUGUCAAUUGUCCAGGAAAUAUUCUACAGCCCAAUGAAUCUCGCAUUGGUGGCCAUUAUUGCAUUUUUAGUUUACAAAAUAAUUAAGGACCGCAUAGAAGUGCCAAGUGUGGGAUCUCAAAAACCUCCAGAACCAGAAUUACCAAAACUACGCCGAGAUUUCACAGUUGCUGAGUUGAGACAGUAUGAUGGCACCGGCCCAGAUGGCAGAGUUCUUAUUGCUGUCAACGGUAAUGUUUUCGACGUGACCAGAGGCAAACGAUUUUAUGGACCAGGGGGUCCCUAUGCAUCAUUUGCAGGCCGUGAUGCUUCCCGGAAUUUGGCUACUUUUAGCGUAGCUGCAAAUGAUAAGGAUGAAUACGAUGACUUGAGUGAUUUAAGUGCUAUGGAAAUGGAUUCAGUACUAGAAUGGGAAAUGCAGUUUAAAGAAAAAUAUGACCUUGUUGGAAAGCUGUUGCGCAAAGGAGAACAACCAACCAACUACGAAGAUGAGGAAGAAGACACCGAUAAGGAUUCUAAAGCCAGCGAUGUUUCAUCCUACAUUACUGCAGCCUCAAGUGACUCUAAGGAAACAGCUGCUUCAGCCUCAUCCGAUGAAACGAUUAGGAAACGCAAUACGACCUCAACCACAGAAGAAGUCAAAUAAGCGUUACAUUUAUACUGCAUUGACUGCAUCUAGAUUUAUUUAGUUAAGUUGUCUGUCGUAGUUUUUUUUUUUAUUUUAAUCUUAACAGUCAAUCUCCAGAUGUCAUUGUUGCACUCUAAUGUUUCAACAAUCGUCACAUUUUUCUAAAUUGACUUUGUUCAUUGUUUAAACUUUUUGGAUGUGGCUUAAGAAACAAAUAUAAUUUCAAAAAAAAAUGUAAACAGUAUAUUAAUAUUUGGAUUGCUUUAAUUUUUGUGCAACAUAAAGUUUACGCGUCCAAUUCUAAUAGAAAAAUUAUGACAGUUCGUCGUACAUGGUGGUAGAUUUAAUUAUAUUCACAUAUAUUUUUCGAAGCAAUUGUCUGAUAAUAAAAUCCUUAGUUGGGAUGCGAAAA